UUUAUUUCCACAGAGCGUCACGUGAAGCCGCUUAAUGUGACACCGACUUACUGUAAGACCAGGACCCUGCAGUGCACCGUUUGUGAUAAGUACAAAAAGACUCUGGUGCAGAGCAACAAACUAACCAACGAAGAUCUUCAUUUGAAGGCUGUGACGCUGAGUGCAGGAACCAUUCAAUACAAAGUGCGAUUCAGUAUGUCAACGUACGUAUCGAGUGCCCCACAAAAUAACGGCCAGCCUGUGUGCCUGGGAAUUUCCAACAGCAACCUCUACAUUGCUUGUACCCAGUCUGGUGGUUCUUCCCCCGUCCUGCUCUUGAAGGUUCGUGCACCACAAACACAUUAA